AUGUCCUACAACUUGGAGUUCACCACCCGUCUAGACAACCGCCAAGACAAUGUCAUCUACAUCCCGCCCAACUGUCACAAACUAAUCAAGAGUCUAUCCAAAGCCGUCAACCAGGAUGUCAAUCCUCCAAAGGUUGAACUAGUGGCCAACCAACUACCACCUCUUCCACCAACAAAGGAAGCCAAAACCAUUGAACUACCAGGUCCAGUAGCACCAGUGUCUGUCCCCAAGGUUGAGAGCAAAGUGAAAAGGUGCGAAGUGUCUCACAUUUACAACCCUCAUCAACUUUGUAAAUCCAAUUGCUACGAUUUCCAGAGCAACCUUUACCUUUGCUUUGGUCCCAAUGAGUACUUCCUCUGUAAGAAGUCACACUUUGUCCUGGACAACGUCUUCCAACAGCUAGUAAAGGUGAUUGGGUGCACCCAGGAGGACCCGGGAUGGAAACCAUCCAAGGAGAAGGUGGGCAAUCAUGGUUGCCACAUUGAAGGAUGUGCAGUUGGACCGUCGGGAUACUAUCGAAUCAAAGGCGUAGUUCCCAAAUGGAGCAACGUUGAACCAGACAAAGUUCCAUACCUCUACUUCUGCUCCUUCUCCCAUCUAAACCUCUAUCGCAGCAUGAUACGAUAUGGAUUUAUGACCUACUUGAUGACAUAUCUCCCGAACGCAAAGAAUAGAGUUGCCGGCAAAGGUAGAAGAACUCUACCCGCAGUUCAGCCAGAGGUUGAAGAGGAUAUAGCUGAUCAAGUUGUACAUCCACCUACAAAGAAGUCCAGAAUAGUGUUUGUGAGUAGGCAGGCACUACUACAACAACAACAACAACAACAACAACAAAAGGCCCAACACACAACAGUUUCAUCUGUGGCUGCAGGCAAGACAAGGAGGAAUGCAUUCAACAAUGCUAUUGAUAACUGUAGGAAGAGAAAGUCUAUUCUCAUUGAUUCCGAUGGUGAUAACACUGAUGAUGAAGAGUAUGAUGAUGAUGAUGACGAUGACACCUCAGAAUAUGAGGAUAUUGAUGACGACAUUGACUAUAUUCCAAGUGAUGAAGAUGAUGUUGACUACUAA